UCUGGCCAAUAAACAUGCCAUGCAUUGGGAGACAAAGGAUGGCACCGUUAACGCCAACUACUUCGGCAGUAUUACACAGGCGUCCACUGUAUUGCUCGGUACAGAUCCUUCCGGUAAAGAUGUAUACAUUCCUAUGAAAGACAUGAUUCCAAUGGUUGAUCCAAACAAUUUGGUUGUCGACGGUUGGGAUAUAUCGGGCGCCAGUAUUGCUGAGGCUAUGAAAAGAGCCAAAGUGUUGGACUAUAACCUGCAAACACAACUCAUACCACUUAUGAAAGAUAUGAGACCACGAAAGGCAAUAUUUGACUCGGAAUUCAUAGCCGCGAACCAAAGCCAAAGAGCAGAUAAUGUAAUCGAAAGUCACGAUAAAUGGACUCAAAUUGGUCUCAUUCGUGACGACAUCAGAGAGUUUAAGUGUAAACACAAUUUGGAGACAAUUAUAGUGUUGUGGACCGCAAACACUGAAAGAUUUAUGGAUCUCACGGAUGGCAUUCAUGACACCGUCGACUCUCUCAUCGGUGCCAUUAAACGCAAUGAGGCAGAGAUCGCACCGUCAGUAUUAUAUGCCGUCGCAGCCAUUCUCGAGAAAUGUACUUUUAUAAACGGUUCGCCACAAAACACAUUCAUUCCGGGACUCAUUGAUUUGGCUGAAAGGGAGGGAGUCUUCAUCGCUGGCGAUGACUUCAAAUCGGGACAAACGAAAUUCAAAUCAGUUUUAGUAGACUUUCUGGUGAGCGCUGGCAUUAAGCCCUGUUCUAUAGUCAGUUACAACCAUUUGGGCAAUAAUGACGGCCUCAACCUCUCGGCUCCCAAACAAUUUCGCAGUAAAGAGAUCUCUAAAUCAAAUGUUGUCGACGAUAUGGUGGCCUCUAAUCAAGUGCUGUACGGACAGGGCAUUGAAAAGCCCGACCACUGUGUGGUGAUUAAGUACGUGCCAUAUGUGGCCGACUCUAAGCGAGCUAUGGAUGAGUACGUGAGUGAACUGAUGUUAGGCGGACUCAACACUAUCGUUGUCCACAACACUUGUCAGGACUCGCUGUUGGCAUCGCCUAUAAUCCUAGACCUCACUAUUCUGGCUGAACUCUGCCAAAGAGUUACCUUUCAAUUACAUAACAAUUGCGUCUCGACAUCCGGCAAAUACCAGUCAUUCAAUUCAGUGCUGUCUUUGUUGAGCUAUUUAUGCAAAGCUCCUCUCGUAGAAAGAGGUGGACGAGUGGUUAACGCACUCUUCAAACAGCGGGCGUCUAUAGAAAAUAUAUUGAGAGCUUUACUAUCAUUACCACCGCUUAAUCACAUGGAUUUGGAGUACAAAUGCUCGGAUCGGAUGCAAUGGCACGAAGAGCUCAAACAUCCGAUCCGAUCGGAUAAGCAAUUGGAGAGCAAACAAUCAAUCGCUCCCAUCACUAAUGGCAUUACUGGUAUUGGUAUUGAGUGCAAAUUUAAUCACAUGGAUUUGGAGUACAAAUGCUCGGAUCGGAUGCAAUGGCACGAAGAGCUCAAACAUCCGAUCCGAUCGGAUAAGCAAUUGGAGAGCAAACAAUCAAUCGCUCCCAUCACUAAUGGCAUCACUGGUGGACAUUAA